AUGUCCUCUGAAUUUUCCUUAAGCAACGUUGUUCCGUCCUACCGCCUCGACGGCAAGGUUGCGGUCAUUACCGGUGGUUCUGGGGGAUUGGCCUCCUUCCUUUCCAGGGGCCUUCUCUCCCAGGGGGCGGAGAUUGCUCUUAUCGACACGAACCAACAGAGAAUCGAUGAAGCGGCCAUCCAGUUGUCCCAGUGGGGCGUUGAUAAGUUGGGGCUUAAGCCAGAGGCCGUGCCAAAGGUCACUGCCUGGGUCUGCAACAUUGGUGAUGCCGCCAAUGUGGAAGAAACCUUCACUGCAAUUAACGCUACCCACGGUAAACUCUCUACCGUUAUGGUCAACACCGCGGGGUACUGUGAAAACUACCCAGCUGAGAGCUACCCCGCCGCCAACGCUGAAAACUUGAUGAAGGUGAACGGUUUGGGCUCUUUGUAUGUGUCACAGUCCUUCGCCAGACCUUUGAUUGCUGCCAAAUUGUCUGGUUCCAUCAUUUUAAUUGGCUCCAUGUCCGGCUCUAUUGUGAACACCCCACAGUGCCAGACUAUGUACAACAUGUCCAAGGCUGGGGUCAUCCAUUUGACCAAGUCUUUGGCCUGUGAAUGGGCCCCGUACAACAUCAGGGUCAACUGCUUGUCCCCGGGCUACAUCUUGACCCCAUUGACCAAGCACGUUAUCGCCGAUUCCUCCACCUUGCAGGACGCCUGGGUGUCCAGAAUCCCUCAGAAGAGAAUGGCCGCGCCAAAAGAGUUUGUCGGUUCCGUUUUGUACUUGGCUUCCGACUCUGCCUCCUCUUACACCACUGGGCUCAACAUGGUUGUGGACGGUGGCUAUGAAUGUUGGUAA